UGUGCGGUUAUGUUAACCAUGACGUCAUCCUCUACGAUUCUCACCGGAGAAGACGGAGAAGAAGUUCACCGCACCCCCACGCAUUCUCAUCGACGGCGCUGGAGCACUCCGGAUGAGCCGCCGGAUACAGAAGAAGAGUGCAGGGAACAUAGCAAUCUUGACAGUAACAACGGUUUCUAUCUAGGAGGAAAGAUAUCAUUGCCGUGGGGAGCGCGUGGACCGCCGCUGCUCACUACUGACUCGUCGAGAUGGCGAAGAGAAGAGAGGAGAGGAAGAAGCGUGACUAGGAAGCGAGAUCUGCCACCGUAUUUGACGACGCUGGAUUGUAACGGACGGCCGAGAUAUCAUCAGAGGAGAGUAAGAAGCGAAGGAAGGCUUGAGAUUGCCAGCGUGGCAGUAGAUUCACCGGAGAUCUUUAGUGUUCGUGGAAUAGAAGGACUCAGAAUUGGAACAGUGAGAAUUAGUCAACAUAACGAUGAUGAUGAUCAUAAACAACAGAAUCACUGAUC